GGCUCCUCGGCCUCCUCCGGCUGCUGCCUCUGCUGCUGCCUCCUCCUUCCCCACCUCCUCCGUCCGGGGAGAGACCGCGGGGCCCGAGGGGCGGCGGCGGCGGCGGCGGCGGCAGCGCUAUGGAGCCGGGGCCGGGUGGCCGAGGCGCAGCGCGCGGACAGCGGCCCCCGAGCGCCGCGCAGCCCCGGGAGCAGGAGCGGAAGCUGGAGCAGGAGAAGCUGUCCGGGGUGGUGAAGAGCGUCCACCGGCGGCUCCGCAAGAAGUACCGCGAAGUGGGAGACUUUGAUAAGAUCUGGCGAGAACACUGUGAAGAUGCGGAAACACUUUGUGAAUAUGCUGUUGCAAUGAAAAACUUGGCAGAUAAUCACUGGGCAAAAACUUGUGAGGGUGAAGGUCGCAUUGAGUGGUGUUGUAGUGUAUGCAGAGAGUAUUUCCAAAAUGGCGGGAAGAGAAAAGCACUUGAAAAAGAUGAAAAACGAGCUGUCCUCGCCACUAAGACUACUCCAGCCUUAAACGUGCAUGAGUCUUCUAAACUUGAAGGUCCUUUAACAAACCUCAGCUUUACAAGCCCUGAAUUUAUAACUGAGUUGCUUCAAGCCUCAGGAAAGAUCAGAUUACUUGAUGUUGGCAGCUGCUUUAAUCCAUUUUUGAAGUUUGAAGAAUUUCUAACUGUUGGCAUAGAUAUUGUACCUGCUGUAGAGAGUGUGUAUAAGUGUGACUUCCUGAACUUGCAGCUUCAGCAGCCACUUCAACUUGCACAAGACGCUAUAGACGCUUUUCUGAAGCAACUGAAGAAUCCGAUUGAUUCUCUUCCCGGAGAACUUUUUCAUGUGGUUGUUUUCUCUCUCCUUCUUUCCUAUUUUCCAUCACCCUACCAGCGAUGGAUUUGCUGCAAGAAAGCUCAUGAGCUGUUAGUGCUGAACGGCUUACUGCUCAUCAUCACUCCCGACUCCUCCCAUCAGAACCGGCAUGCUAUGAUGAUGAAGAGCUGGAAGAUUGCUAUAGAAUCCCUUGGCUUUAAGCGCUUCAAGUAUUCAAAAUUUUCUCAUAUGCAUCUCAUGGCUUUUAGAAAAAUCUCCCUUAAAACCACAAGUGACUUGGUUAGUAGGAACUAUCCAGGGAUGUUAUAUAUUCCUCAAGAUUUCAACAGUGUAGAAGAUGAGGAGUAUGCCAACCCUUCCUGCUAUGUCCGAUCAGACGCAGAAGAUGAACAACUAGCGUACGGUUUCACAGAGCUCCCUGAUGCUCCGUAUGAUUCAGAUUCUGGAGAAAGUCAAGCCAGCUCUAUUCCAUUCUAUGAGCUAGAGGAUCCCAUCUUACUUUUAAGCUAAUGUAAAAGCAAAAAGCCCUUCCAUUCCAGAUAACUAAAUGCUUACACUAAUCAGAAUACUAACAUGAACUCAGUAUUUAAAGCCUGGUUUGCAUAGAAGAAAUGCAAACGUUUACAGAGUUUGCUAUUUUUUCUACUUCUGGAUUUCAAAAUUUAUUCUUAUAGGAAGCUUAAAGUUUCAUGCAGAGUGACUUCUGUCUUAGCAGAAACCACUGUUACUUUAGCAUUUUGCAUUAAGAUUCAAAAGGUACCUUUUUUUCUCUUUAGUGCUGUUGUAAAGCCUAAGUUACUAUGUGUUUCCCUGUUCAGUUUAGUGUUGACUUUACCCCUUGUCAUGAGGAACCUUAGGAUGUGUAGAUGCUGUGGACUGCACUUUGAUGACUCACAGGUUGAAUAUUUCACACGUAGGUUGGUGUAGUUGUUUGUAAUGCACUUGUCCUUUUCUUUAACUUGUUACCUUUUACAGAAAACAGUUUCCACUCGGUUUCAUCUAACGAUCCAGUAUUCCUGAACUUUUUUAAAUUGGUGACAAAUUUUUAUAUUAAGCUCAUUCGGGAACAUUAGACAUUGGAAGAGAUAUUUCCCAAAGAAUGUAUUCUAAUUAAUACAGUACAGCAAACACCAUUGCCAAAGUAGUAUUUCUAUGAUGUUCUUACUGAUUUAGGCUUUGGUGAUCAGUAUAUUUACCUGUGAAAGUUAAUUUUUAUUUUUUAAAAACUUAGACUGCAUUUACAGAAUGUUCUGUUUAAGCCAGAAGCAAUGUAUAAUACACAAUACUGACCUGAAACACAAUUGUGAAGGGUUUGCACUCGGAAAAGUUUAUAUUCCGCUCUGACCAGCUCGGAUAGGGUCCUCACCUGUCCUUUAAGGCAGUGCUGCACUACAAGGUUGGAAUUCCAUUCACGUUUUUUGAAAUUAACCCUCUAUUGAUAAUCUCAUAAAAGGGUCUUGACCUUUUGUUAUCCUAAUUCUUUCUAAGCCCUAGCAGAACAUUUUCUUUGACUAUAUAAACAAUUAGUUGGCUGUGGGAAAUUUCCCUUUCCACAUUGAUAAAUGCCUUUCUGUGUUUCUGAAUCAGAAGCAGAUGAUUACCUAGAAAUAUAUGUCCAAACAAGACAAGUUUAAACAGUUAAGAAGAUUUAGUCCACAUUGUCUUGUCAGCCAGCAAUUGUCAUGUGUCAUGUAAACUAUCAUUUUAAAGAGUGCCACUGUGUGGAUUUUUUUCAAGUGGUUAUUACAUUAAAAUUACCUCAUACUGAGGUUUUUGCACUGAAAUAUCACAGUUUCAGAUUUCAUGGUUAAUGCUGUAUGAGCGUGUGUGUUUUGUGUGUAUGUGUGUGUUUUGUGUGUGCGUAUGUAUUUUUAAAAGAAACUUGCAUUUUCAAUAGUUGAUCCUAAAUUUCAUAAACUGCACUUCUUUACUCUGGUAAAAUGGAUGUUUUUGUGCUUAUUGUGAAUUGCUGUAGUUAACUUUAAAUGUCAAAUAUUAUUUAGAGAUAUAUAAGCUUACACUUUAAGAUAUGUGUUCAUUGUAUGUAUCCAGUAUUUCGUGUUCGGUUUCACAUGCUAAAUUAAUGAAAGUAACUUGAUUAUAACUAACUUUAGAAAAGUCAGUUGUCUAAAUGCAAUAAACAUUAGUUGUUCAAA